UCGUGCUAGUCGCGCGCUUUUAGUAUCCUUACAAAGGUCUCGGGUGUUGUGUGUUCGUACCCUUGGGAAGGUUCGUCAGUCGCAAGCGGAAAACAGCGGAGCGUACGCGCCGAGGUACGCCGCUCGUCUCUCUUCGCCAUCCUGCCGCGAGCGGACAUCGCCGGUGGCCGUGACAAUUGGAGACGGCUGCUUUUAUGAUCUCGUAGCGGACGUGCGUGGUUGUGUGCGAACGACCAGCAGGGAGAAGCAACAGCGGCGUCCGUCGACGCGCUCUUCGAGAGGGCACGGGGAAGAAUGAGUCAAGGGGAUCAGGAUCAGAACAAAAGCAUGGACAAGAAGGAGAUCGCCGAGGAGGAGAGGGAGAAGAUGCUGAACGCCGAGAACACGAAGCACACCGGUGCCGCACCUGCGGCCGAUCUCGAGUCCGAGGAGCAAAAACCCAAGAAGAAGAUACCGAUCGGCGGUAUCAAGAUGCCCGGCUUCUGCCGCACGAAGAGCAAGGAACCGUGCAAGGAUGACGAGACGAAGCCGGCAGAGCCCACCGACAUGGAAUCAGCCCCCGUGAUGACAAAGGAGAAGGAGCAGGACAAUGCUCCAUCCGCGGAGAAGCUCACCACUCCCGCGAAGGACUCUAAGGAGAAGGAGGGGAGGAAGGGUAUCCUCAAUGCUAUACGCAUACCCUUGGUGUCGUCCGUGUUCUCCAGGAAGAGAAAGGAAACCGAUUCCGAGCUGGGGCAGACUGGCGCCGCUGGAUUAGCCAGUGUCGAGACGCUCGACGACGCCGCCAACGAGAGAAACCCCAUCGCCUGCGAGGAUGGCAUGGAGACCGUGCGACUCGACGUAGAAGGGGCCGACGGCGCCGAGCCUCCCACGCAGCAUCCCUUGGUAGUCUUCGUGUCUGCGGUCAAGCGACAUCGGCAUUACUUAGUUGCAGGGAUCAUCAUCUUGCUCAUCAUCAUCACCUGCAUCGUCUGCAUCCUGCCGAAGGAGGUCCGGCCCCAGCAGCCGCUGAAGAACGGCAAGUAUGUCGAGACGGUGACGUGGUGCGGACCGGUGCAGGGUGUCCUGGAGGAUGGUGCGUUCGCGUUCCGCGGGAUCCCGUACGCGUUACCGCCGAUCAACAACCGUCGCUGGCAGACGGCCGAGUCGGUGCGCCGCAUCGAGCAUUGCUGGAACGGCACCCGCUUGACGCACAGCUCCUCCGAGGUGUGCUGGCAACGUCAGUCCUCCGGCCUCGUGGUCGGCUCCGAGGACUGCCUCUAUCUCGACGUGUUCACCCCGGCGGUCCGCUACGACUCCCCGUUACCGGUGGUCGUCAUGAUCGGCGCGGAGACCCUGAGCGGCGGCUCCCCCGGAGUGAUGCAACCCUCGGCUAAGCUGUCGCGCGUGCGUGACAUCGUGUUCGUGCGGCCCAACUUCCGAUUGGGCAUUUUCGGAUUCUUGGCGGCCGAGCCUAUCUCAAAAGCGAGCCACCCUCCGACCUCAGGCAAUUAUGGAUUGUCGGACAUCAUAGCGGCUCUGCAGUGGGUGCAGUUGAACAUUGAUAAUUUCGGCGGCAACAAGUCGUCGGUCACACUGUGGGGACACAGAGCAGGCGGCACUCUCGUGACGACUCUGGUCGGCUCCCGUCGCACCAAGGGUCUCUUCUCAAGGAUAUGGAUAUCCAGCGGCAGCGCGAUCUUCCCGGGCAAGGAGCUGGACAGAUCCGAGAUCUUUGCGAAACCGUUCCUCGAGGCGCUCCGAUGUGCAAACGCCGCCUGUUUAAGAAUCAAAACGGCCGAGCAGGUGAUAGACGCCGUGCCGGAAACGUGGUACACGAAGACCGUGGGCCUGCCGGAAACGAAGGAAGUAAACGACAAGAGACACGAGUGGCUCGUGCUGGACGGCGUGAUCCUCCAGGAGCACAUCGGUCAGAUCCUGACGGUGGAGAACAAUCUACCGAAGAUGGUAAUAGGCACCACCGCGCACUCCGGCACACCGCUACAAUAUCUGCAGCCGAACGUCUCUCUCAACGCGUCACAAGUGGAGAAGAUCAUACAGGAAUCUCUGCUCGGCACCAGCGGCAUGGUUACUGAAACUCUCAAACGUUACAACGCCACGUUGAAGGGACUAGUCACUAUGAUCUCCGACAUCCGCGUGGUGUGCCCGCUGUUCACCGUCGCCAGUAUGAAGAACAACGUACCGUUUUACGUAGCGACUCAGCCGCGCGGCCAAUUGGCCGAUCCCGAUAGCGAUGCCGCGGCCAUUUUGGGCACUUACGCCGCUGUCACACCCGAGGAGAAGAGACACGUAUCGGCCAUGCAGCAGUUGUUCAAUUAUUACGUGUGGCACGGCGAGGUGCCGCAAGCCGACCGGUCAGGCGCAAAGCGAGUCUUGAUGGUCGGCCAGGACACCUUGCUGGAGAGAGAUUAUCCCAAUUGCGAUUACUGGAUAAAAACGGGCAUCGUGCCGAGGUACGGCCGGCUAGAUUAAGGAGAUGCUCUCGUUGCCGUGCUCUCGUUGCUUGUAGAAUUCCGCGUUAAGAGCGACCCAACAGUCGAAGAGUCUCGUUCCGGGUGUAGCGCGCGUUGCCCGUUGAGUCCCCGUGAGACGGGAAUUCCCACGGCACAUGUAUGUACUUCGACUAUUUAAGUAGAAUCGAUAAUGAGUGUCCUGCGAGAUAUUAUAUGCGGAUCGACGAGUAAAUGAUUAAUGCCUUUGUGGUGCGACGUAUGUAGUAGUACCUGUCGAAUCAUGACAAUUAAUUAAACGACUAAAAGCCAAAAUAUAAAGUAGCGAGAUUAAAGGAAGGGGAGGGAUCUAUACGGAGAUGCGCAACGUGUGGAUCCGUUCUCGAGGGAUGCCGAGGCGGGAUAUUUUACGAAGCUGCUUUUUUCGGCAGCGAGAAGUGAAUGUUGUUCGUUGUAUCUCCGCGAUCCGAGAUAAAAACGCGCAUCCGACCACAAGACACGUGGAUUAUUAUGUAUGUGUGUAUAAAGUGCGAAUCAAAUUGUAAUAUAUCGCGUAAAAACGGAAGCGGUUACGCAUAGGAAAAGGAUACGGAAACGAAGCGUAGCUUAGGAGAAAAGCGGACCGAUAGUUGACAGCGUACACAUUAUGCAAUUAUAUAUAUAUAUAUAUAUAAUUGUAUAAUAUAUACAUAUAUUAUUGUAAGAUAUACAUGCGAGCAACGGGUGCGAAUAGGGUAAAAGGAAUAGAGCGACAUUGAUCUCUCGGGAUUUCUGAAUCAAUCGUGUUUCUUUCGGCUGUUAUCUUGCGGGCUCGAUCGGUGAGCUCCGACCAGUUUAUCUUGAUAACGCCGAAAAUUCAACGAAAGCUUUCUGACGUGCGUACUCUACUUUGUCGUAAAAUAUUUAAAUACCUCGUUCCUCGCAGGCUUCUUCGUAUCCAGCUCAUAGACGUAAGCUCGUACAAUAACGUAUCUCGGAAUAUGUAUCUCGUUAGUAGUAGACUGUCAGCUCGUGUGUUAGUCGGAUGAGAGAAUGAGAUAGCUGACUUAACAAUAGACACAAUGGACCAUACUCCUUUUGCACGCUGCGGGAAAUACUAUUAGAUUGAAAAGAGAUGCAUCUCUCUCUCUCUCUCUCUCUCUCUCUCUCUCUCUCUCUUUCUCUCUCUUUCGGACGGAGUUGGGUAUUAUCGUAUUUGAAAUUCAGUAUACUUGUCCGAAUAAAUUCCUGCUCGAACAUAUUCUCCUCAAAUGUACGAGCAGAGAAAAAUAUUAUAUCGCAAGUGAUCAAUUCUUUCCGAGAAAAAAAAAUUAUUCAUCAUUCGCAAAUACAUCUUCGAGUGUUGUACAUUGAGAGAUAAUAAGAUUUGCCCAAUUCCGGUCUUGGAAAAUAUUAAUGGGACGUAUGCGUUGCAUCGCGUUUGUGGAAGCAAAAAAACUUUCCCUUCUCCCUAACGUAAUUUUUUUACAAAUGGUUUUUUUACACGGGAUAUUUUACAGAUAUUUUUUUAUAUAUAUAAUUUAUAUAAUUAGAAGACAAUUUUCUCUUUCUACGCAAGAGAAAUGCAGACUGAACGGAUGUACACGAGCAGUAUUUAUCUACCCAAUUAAGAAAGAAAUCUUGGAAGAGAUUUUUAAACUUAUUCAGACUGAGAAGCUGCCAAAUUUGGUAUUUUUAUACCGAGUGUUAUCUACUUAAAUAGUAACGAUUUGACUAUCGCGUUGAUAUUCGGACUUUGCGCACGAUACAUUGCGAUCAAUAGCCCUUCGUGCGCCGCCUCUCUUCCGUAAACGCGAUUCGUGUCCCAGAGACGAUAAUGAUCUUGAACCUUUUAUUUAUCGCUUAUAUUUUUUUUGUCGCGAUUAUUUUACGAUUACUAUUCGCAUGUGUGUAUAUUAAUUAAUUAAUUAAUUAAUUUAACUUAUUUGCCUUCUAAUAUGUGAUAAGUAGCAUUUAUACAAGAAACAAAC